AUGGAAGCAUAUCAAGAGCUUCUGGAUUCACAAACCACCACCAAUGUCAUUCCCACCCCCGACAUGGCACUCAAUGCUCACUAUCGCGAUUUCCUUGACGGAAACGAUGACUCACCGCGACCUACCCCUGAACCAGUCGAGGACACGUUAGCCAAGGCCUCCAAUGUGCAACCAAAGCCUACUCAGACAAUCACGCAACGUAAACGCUCCAAGAAGGAUGGUCUCACUGCUGAAGAACGCGCUCUAGAUAGCUCGUCAGAAGAAGACUUUGCUUCAGUCAACAAGGCCUCCGCUGUGCGACCAAAGCCUACUCAGACUAAGACACCCGCGCGGCAAAUCAUGCAACGUAAACGCUCCAAGAAGGAUGGUCUAACUGCGGAAGAACGCACUCUAGAUAGCUCGUCAGAAGAAGACGGCAACACCGCUCCAACUGCGUCCACCUCGAAACCCGGACGCAGUGCCAGUCGAGCUACUCUUGCACGCUGUGCAGUAGAUCCUCUGCCUUCUAUCGACCCUUCAACUGUGCGCGGCAAGGAGCACAAACACCCGGUUGCAACUGCAAUGCAAAUGGGCAAUGCGGCAAAGAUCGAUAUGUUAUGUUCGGCCAACGAAUGGCGCCAACAGUGCUGUUACCUUUUUAGCUUUCUGUUUUCCUCUCUGUGUAUGUGGAAUGAGUAA